CACAGAUUGGAAAGGUGCUCCUCAGACCUGCGUCUGGACAGCUUGAAGACGGCACAGAGAGGAUUUUUCACUCUCGCUCUUUCAUCUCGCUCGCUUUCCUGCCAAAAAAGCACAUGGAUGGACUUUUGCUGGAUGCAGAAUAAUAAAAGUUAGACAAUUUUCUCCACCUGCGGUUGAAAAUAUCUUUUUUUUUUUUUCUUCCUCCAGCUCUGGACCAGUUGAGGGUGCCAGCUCUUUUUGCUCAGGAGAACGCUGCUCCUCUCUCUCUAUCUCUUUUUUUUUUUUUUGCCUGCAUGUUCGUUGACUAUCUGAUGCCAUCACAUCCCAUGGGAGACACGCGUGGCUGAAGCAAGCAAGGAGGGAGGUAGAAGAGAGACCCACCUGACGCUCACACCUACCUAUCGCUGCUCCUUACCCAGCGCAGCCCCCACACUCCCUGCCCCUCAACGCUCUGAGGAGAGAAAGUUCUUUGUGUGUGACAUCUGAAGCCUGGGAUGAUGGUGACCAUGCUGUUAGCUCCUGUCUGUGUGCUGCUGAUGCUGGGGGCGCGAGCUCUUGCCGGAGGCUAUCCCCCCAUUCCUCACAUGAAGUACAUGCAGCCCAUGAUGAAAGGGCCGAUUGGACCCCCAUUCAGAGAGGGCAAGGGACAUUAUGUUGAUAUGCCACCCAUGAUGGAGGUGAAGGGGGAACCAGGCCCUCAAGGGAAACCUGGACUAAGAGGUCCACCUGGGCCACCAGGACUUCCAGGAAAACCUGGACUGGGCAAGCCGGGUCUCAAUGGCCAACCAGGCCCUCAGGGACCUGCCGGGUUUCCAGGGAUUGGUAAACCUGGACUUCCAGGUCUCCCAGGAAAGAUUGGGCCAAAGGGGAUGCCAGGGUUUAAUGGCGAGGUUGGCCCUCGUGGUGAACCAGGUCCAAGAGGUCCUCCAGGGCAGCCUGGCCUCCCUGGUCCAGCUGGCCUGUCUCUGAAUGGGAAACCUGGUCUUCCAGGCAUCAGAGGCCCCCCUGGGACUCGGGGUGAGCCAGGAAUAAAGGGUGGUGCUGGCCCACCAGGUGAGCGUGGGAUUAAGGGCGAGAAUGGAAAUGGAAAGCCAGGGCCCGCAGGUAUAAGGGGUCCUCCUGGACUGAAAGGCAGUUCAGGACCACCUGGUCUUCCAGGAAUUGGUAAACCAGGACUAAAAGGUUUGCCUGGACUGCCUGGCCUGAAGGGUGACCAAGGCCUCCCAGGGGAUCGAGGAGAACCAGGAGAGCCUGGGGCUCCAGGUUCACAAGGUCUGCCAGGUCCCAUUGGGAUAGGGAAGCCUGGGAUAGAUGGACUUCCUGGAGCACCAGGCCUACAUGGCCCAAAAGGUGAGGCAGGGCUCCGAGGUCCUCCUGGAUUUCCUGGGACUCCUGGCUAUGGAAAACCUGGUCUGAGUGGGCCAAAAGGAGACAAGGGCCAUGGUGGGUUGCCUGGACUCCCAGGGGACAAAGGAGAGCAAGGAAUGAUGGGUCCAAUUGGGGAACCAGGCCUUGAUGGACAAUCAGGACCACCAGGACUUCAAGGCCCAAUGGGACUCCCAGGGAAACAUGGAAUGCCAGGACAGAAGGGAGAUCUGGGACCCCAGGGCCCUCCAGGACUGCCUGGUCUUAGAGGUGACCAGGGCCCCAGCGGACCCUUUGGAAAACCUGGCAUCCCUGGGGAAAAAGGAAUCCCUGGGUCUGUUGGUGCAAUCGGAAAACCUGGACCAAAAGGUGAGGCAGGGCAUAUUGGCCUACCCGGGAAUCCAGGGCUGACAGGUGCCCCAGGGCCUAAAGGUGAAACAGGGUUUAUAGGGUCUCCAGGCCCCAGGGGCCAGUCAGGCAUUCCUGGUCUUCAGGGCCCCAUGGGUCCAAUGGGGCCACAGGGUGUCCCUGGCCUGAAAGGUGAACCUGGACUCACAGGGCCUCCAGGUCUGGGUAAGUUUGGGGAGAAGGGAGCUAUCGGUCCCCAGGGUCCUCCAGGGAAACCAGGCCCUUCUGGACUUAAUGGUAACCCUGGUCUUCCUGGGCCUCCGGGGCCCCCCGGUCCUCCAGGAAAUGGCCAAACAGUUGUUGCAGGGCCAACAGAUUCACAGUUGGAAGGAGAUGAAGUACCAGGGGACAGGAAGGGGCCUGCUUACAGCCAAGUACUCUCUGCCUCUGUGGCACCAGCCUUUACUGCCAUCCUCACAACACCUUUCCCUCCUUCUGCCAUGCCAAUCAAAUUUGACAGGACUCUGUACAAUGGGCAAAAUGCCUACAGCUCUGCUACUGGCAUGUUCACGGCUCCUCUCUCUGGUGUCUACUACUUUGCAUACCACAUGCAUGUGAAGGGAACUAGCUUGUGGGUGGCACUGUACAAGAACAAUGUACCAGCCACUUACACCUAUGAUGAAUACAAGAAAGGCUACAUGGACCAGGCGUCCGGUAGUGCUGUCCUAGAGCUGAAGGAGGGUGACCAGGUAUGGGUCCAGAUGCCCUCGGAUCAGGCAAAUGGCCUCUACUCUACCGAGUACAUCCACUCCUCCUUCUCAGGAUUCCUGCUCUGUCCCACAUAACCCUGUACUUUUACUCAAACAUGUACCUGUAUUGGCACCUCAGAGCAGCCCUAAACCUAAAAUACCUGCAGCCAUAAUAGAAACACAAAACCCAUUCUCAAUAUUAUUGCCACCAUGUUUAUCUGUGUCACCCUCAACAUCAUCAGUGAAAGAAAAAACAAACUUUGUGAAUGAAAUAUGGAAAGUUUUUCAAGGCAGGGGUUAGGAAUUUCAUACUGUGUUCUUUGUUUCAAUGUCCAUCAAAUGUGUGUUUUGGGUUGUAUUUUAUGUUGGUGUUGUUUUAGCUUAUAUUAUUUUAAUUAUUAUAUUGUCAUAAUUUUAUUGUUAUUAUUUUGUCCUUGUCAUCAUUGUUGUUGUUGGAUUCAGACUAUUAAGUGCCUUACUUUGUAAUGUGCUAGUAACAGACCUUCCCAUGUGACUGCACAUCCUGCCCUCAUGCUCUGACAUCAUAAGAACCAGACCCUGGGGGGUGAUUGGUUCCUCUGGCUGCAGUCACGUCCCCCUCGUGUUCUUAUUUAAACCGUGAAUGGCAAUACUGACAUAAAGAGCAACAACGCAACACAGAACAUAUAAAACAAACAAUAGCAAAACAAGGCAUGUGGUGCUAUAAAAACAUUACUUCUCACAUUUAUUUUGUUUGACCCUUUGGUACUCUAAACAAUUGCUACGUAAAAACAUAUUCUUAAUAGGAUUGAAUCUUUGUUUUUAGAUUGAGAUAUAUAUUUUGACCAUUAGUUGGCAUAAGCAUCUGUUGGAUGCUUACUUCUCCGCCUCGCUUUGAAUUUAGCAGUAUCAUUUAAAAUGAUUGAUCUUUGUCUUUUUCUUUUCUUUUUAAUUAUAAUUUAUUGAACUGUCCAGAAAUGCAAUCCAAGAAAUACAAUCUUAGAAUAAAUACAUCCUUGCAGUAUUAGAAUUGUUAAACUGCCCCUUUAAAGAGAAUGACAUCAUGCAAAGACAGUGCCUUCUUUACAUUUUCAGGAUGAUAUUCAAUGAGGAUGAUGUGCAUGCAUAUGGUCGAUGUUUACGUGCCAUAGACUAUAUACUGAGAGCAAGUGCAAAAUGGACAAUAAGGACACAACCAUAACUGGAUCGAUGGCACGUUUCCUUGUAUUGAUCUGAUUUUCCCAUUUGCACUGCAAAUCCCAUCACGGGGUCACAGGCAUGCUCUGACCAUGACAUCACUGCUUUCUAAUGGUAUACUACCUAUUAAUAAAUCAGUAUCACAUUAACAUUCCAAGUGAGCAAUCUGUACUACCAUACUAUGAAAGCCCCUCAUACCACAUAUCGCAAAAUCUGUGAUGCUGUAAACUUGUUUCUGUUUUGGAGAAUAUGCCGGCAAAUUAAUGAUGGAAAAAAAAGACAUUCACGUCUUCUCUCAGUGCCAGUUUCCUUCUGAGGUGUUGCUGAGCAAUUGAGAGCAAUUCUGAAUUGUUUGCAUGUCUGAAUUAAAAGACGUUCGCUUAAUUUUCCACUGGUAUCAAAAAUAGCUGAAUUAUUCUUUGGCAUUAUGGAACAUCCACGGCUUCAAGGACAAGUUCUUUUCAGAAUCCAAUCAUGUCAGGUGGAAAUGAAAAUCGAUCUGCAUUCGCUCCAUGAAUAACUAAAGGGACUGACUGAGGCCCACAGGUUGUGAAAUACAGGUUGUGUAACACUUAACAAACCCCUGCCAGAUUUCUGAGAGAGGUGGUGGGCAGGAGGUGAGAGUUGUGUAUUCACUCGUUUCCGUUGGAUGAGGCAUUAAAAACACAUGCUGUGUGUGUAUGCAUGUGUUUGUGUGUUCUAGUAGGUGUGCCUUUCUGUCUGUCACUGUGUGUGUGUGUGUGUGUGUGUGUGUGUGUGUGAGAAGUUGUGUCACAUUGUCCCCUUGGCAUUCAGGUCAUGGACACUCAGAGUGGAUAUUAACAAACUUGCUGAAGUUACAACAGGAAAAAGCUUGCAGUCCUGUCAAUGUUCCACAAGAAAUCUGACUUCAAAAUGUUUCUGCAUCCUUUUGGGUUUUUAAACAGUAAUUUAACUCCACCUAUUUUACACAUCAAAGUGUGUUUACGGGUCUUUGGGAGUACAGCGACAUAUUUAAAAAUAGAAAUAUAACGUCUUUUGUGGCUCCAGAGGAAGAUGCAUGUAAUCUGAUAAAUUGCUUCCAAUGAUGUUCCUGUGUGGCUAAAUUGCAUUGUGGGUAAUGUAGGGGCCAGGUUUGGAAAGGCAGCCCCCUGGUUUACCACUGCACGCCUGUAAGACUGUUGGACUCUAUAUGGACAGUUUAAAAACACAGCAGAACCAGAGAUAUCACUUUCUUUUAUUCUGUGCAGUUUUUUUUUUUUUCCAGUUUUUGAAGAGACAUCUACUGAAGUUAGCAUUCUAUCCAGCUAACCCCAGGCCUGAAAACCUCCCACUUUCUCUCAGCAGCCCAAAGAUCCUGUGCCAGCGGUGUAAACACCAGCAUUCCCCUGCUAGCCUGGCUAGCUGCACGGCUAACUGAGCCAACAAACUAACCAUAGCUGCAGUCAUGGAUGUAUAAAAAUAUACAUUUAGCUGCAGUUAGCAAUUAUUUAGCUGGGAGAAUGAAUUCAAGGUGACUAAUUCUUACAUAUUGCACCUUUAAUGUAUAAAAUUGGUGGGUACCCUUUAAUAGAAUUGAACACAAUCUAAUGGUGCCUUUUUAAGAAAGGGAACAAAGUUAUAGAAUAGGUGAAUGGUGAAUGUAAUUAAGAAAUUACCGGAGACAGAGAAAACUGAAAUCAAAACAUAAUGAUAACAUUUAACACUGAACAUUGAUAUGAAUAUGCUGCAUAUUGGUUAAAUGGGAGACAUAGUGGUGUGCAAUAAUUGAUGUGUUCUAUCAAGUUGUGAACAAAAGGAGACACUCGUAAUCUUUUACCGAUGGUUGCAGUUACAGAAGACAGGAGAUCAAGAGUUUUGGGCAAAAAUCUUAUUUUACCGACUCCAUGCUUUACUCCGCCACAACUCCCACAGAUUUCCAUUCAAUUGCUAUUAUUACACUGAAUUUGGGACUACCUUACACCUUAAUGGAGGAAUGUCAAUGUACAGGAGAAUUGUGCCAAAUAAUGAGCUUUGCAGUCAGAAUGAAUGUAUACUGUUUGACUGAUUAACAAUAGCCUCUAUGCAUCAUCUACACAUAGACAGUAACAUAAACAGUUACUCUAGUGCUAGAAUAAGGCCUAAUCAGUAUUUUACAUCUAUGUAAUGCAAACAAUGCACUUGCUCUCGCCCGUUCUGUUUCAUAACAUUUUCAUAACACACCUACAACCGCUUUGUAUCAUUAUCAUUAUGUGAGUCUACACGGCAGUCUGAGGCUCGUUAUGUACUGUAUGUUGCCUUUUUUUGUUUUUUUUUCAUCGUCGACUUCUCUUUCUGGACAUAUGAAACGGUGAUGUGAGUUACAUGUGGCCAUUCCUCUCUGUCCUUGUGUUUUUUUUAUUCAUAGACAAUGUCACUUGCUUGCAGAGUUUGCCCUGUGUGCAAAUCAUUUAACAAGUGUCAGUAAGAUCCAUGUACCGUCUCAAUCACAAAUUGCUUUCGAAGUGUUUUUUCUGUUUUUCUUUAAAAAUAAAAAAUAAAAAAAAAACAACAACAAAAAAAGACAAUUUUAAAAAAGCCUUGCUUCGGUUUCGUAAGGGAUAUUUGUUUGUUUUAGUUUCAAUGAAUACAAACGGCCAUUCCCAUUUGCACAUGAAAUUAAUGAAGAUGUAUUUAUACAUUUAUGAUAAUUUAAUAGGGAUGCCAAAACCGACCACCGAAGCCUAGAACGUAUAAAUGGUAUUUAACAACAUUGAUGAGUUAAGAGCAUUUACAACAUGUAGUUAGCAUUCUAGCGUUGUAUGUGAAGGAUUAUUUGUGGACUUUUAUUUUCUAUUUGUGUAAUGUUCAAUGUAUCAACCUAUAGGAUUUUUGUCAUACAAGGCUAUUGCGUGCACUCUAUGCAAUAGAAGUUGGGUAUAAAUGCACUCUUUUUGAUUGAAAAUGUUUGUCUGCUUAUAAAAAAUCUACAGUACUUGAUUGUAUUGAUACCACAUCAAUAAAAACU